CCUCCCAUUUGCCGUGAUGGCGACCAUCCGUAGCGUGAAGGGAAUGGCAGCGUUGGUAACCGGCGGUGCUUCAGGACUCGGCCGAGCGACCGUGGAACGAUUGUUGGGACAAGGAGCGCGAGUCGUUCUCCUCGAUCUUCCCGCGUCGCCGGGCGCGCAAGUGGCCGCCGAAUUGGGCGAGCGAUGCGUCUUCGCCCCCGCCGACGUGACGUCGGCCGAAGACGUCGGUGACGCCCUGACGGCGGUUCGGAAAGAAUUCGGUCGCCUGGACCUGACGGUGAAUUGCGCCGGCGUGGGGAUCGCCGUCAAGACGUACAACAGCAAGAAGGACAAGGUGCACGAGCUGGAGGACUUCCGCAGGGUCGUCAACGUGAACCUGGUGGGCACCUUCAACGUCAUCCGCCUGAGCGCCCGCCUGAUGAGCCAAAACCCGCCCGACCCCGACGGUCACCGCGGGCUCAUCGUCAACACCGCCAGCGUGGCCGCCUUCGAGGGACAGGUGGGUCAAGCGGCUUAUUCGGCCUCCAAGGGCGGCAUCGUCGGCAUGACGCUCCCCAUCGCCCGGGACCUCGCGCCGCUGGGGAUCCGCGUGGUCACCAUCGCUCCCGGGUUGUUUUCCACCCCGUUGUUAGCCAGUUUACCCGAACGCGUCCGAAAUUUUUUGGGGCAACAAGUGCCUUUUCCUUCUCGUUUGGGGAACCCCGCCGAGUACGCGCACCUCGUCCAGGCUUUGGCGGAGAACCCCAUGGUCAACGGCGAGGUGGUGAGGUUGGACGGGGCCCUCCGCAUGCAGCCUUAAUUUUUAUUAUUAUUAUUAUUAUUAUUAUUAUUAUGGGUUUGGUGGGGGUGUGACACCCCCCCCCCACGCACCCACUCACGAAUUUUGGGGGAUGUCCGCAGUGGUGAUGGCUCCCUGCAGCACCAGGGGUGGAUGGCAUGGCCGGGCGCUCGGGGAUGGGGGUAGUUCCCCCCCCUCCCCCAGUGACACGAGUGGGGACCCCCCCGCCGCCAUGACACGAGUGGGGGACACCUCCCCCCCCCCCACGAGUGGGGGUACCCUUGGGGUUUGGGGACACUUCCCCCCCCCCCCGGGAGCUGGGGCACCCCACGAUGGGGACCCUCCCCAGGCAUGGGGACCCAUCCUGCCCCCCCCCACGAGCGUGGGGACCCCCGUGGGGCCCAUUUCGUGCCCCCCCCCCAAAAUAAAGCGUGUUCACCCACGCUGUCUGUA